GUGCUGACUUGCAGCCUGUGUAGGAAGUCUGAUAGUAUCUGAUAGCAGCAUUGAUUUGAUUACGCGUGUGCCUGAUGAGUCUUUCUUCUGUCAUAAGUAGUAACAGAUGAGUAAUGAAAUGGCUCAAGAAGACACUCUGGAUAAUAACCUGUGAAGGGUGUACAAAUGAGAAUUGAAAGUGUAGAUUUGAUUGCUGUUAAGAGUUAAGGAGCACUUGUUUUCCAGUAGCAACAGCAGCCAUGUGUGUUUGGCUGUGUCUGUUCAGCUCUUGUGCUUGUCCCUAUCCAACUAUUAGAAUAACAUUUUAUGAGCCAAGCAGCUUGUGUCCAAGGAUUGUUGGCUACGCUAUCUCCCAGUGGUUAAAGUUUUACGCAAUGAAAUAGGUCCUUUAGUUUUCCUUGUAAGCUAUUAUUUUGAUCACUUAAAGGAGCAGUUUGUAGAAAUUUGUGGCAAGCAUGUAGGACAACCUACAGCGGCUGCGAAACUCAUGAAAAACAUGAAAGGCCCUCUCUAGAGCCAGUGUGUGGCUUGUCCAUUUUGGGCUAUUGUAAAAUUGGAUGGUGCAACAAGGUGGGCUCAGUGGAAGAGGACCCGCUCCUUCUGUAGAUAUAAAGCACUCAGUCUAAGGUGAUUAUACACUGUGGCUUUAAUAUAUUAUAUUCCAUUUCUGCCAAGUAUCUUAUGCUGUAUGCCACUAAAUUCUCCACACUGCACCUUUAAAAUGAUCCACAGAGCAUGAACAUAGAACAUGACCAAACAGUUUACCCCACUUCAUUUUACUUAUAUAAUUGUGUUAACCAGGUUUGAUUAUACUGGUGUCAAUCAGUUCAUAUUAAUGUUUCACAAUGAGGAAUGAGGAGGUGAUAAUGGGUAGAAUGUCAUUUCUGUUGUGUUGAUGCUGCCGUGGUUAAUGCUAGAAGGACAUGGCCCUAAACCUAUUUUAAAUGCACUCAACAUUUCUUUGCUGAGGUCAUGGUACAAUGUACAGUUGUAAACAGUGCACUGAACUUUGAUAGAUCUCCGCAGGCAUGUGACAUAGAGACCUGAGUAGGAGUGAGCAUUAUAGUAUAUCGCUGCACAUUAUGCUGCCUGUCACAAAGUUAACACAUAAGGGUUUGUUCCCAGUUUAUACCAGUUAUUAAGAAUGAAAAAUACCCAGAUCUUUGAAAAAGAAGCAGAUUGGUUUAAAGUGACUUUCACCCUGAUUUCAUUACUCAGCAUAUCCAAAAGUUUUUGGGCUGCUAGAAGACACUGAUUACUGUAGUUGAGUCCUACACAUACAAUAGCAUCAAAGUAAAGCACAUUCCUCAUCAGCCACCACUCACAGGAGUCGUGUAAAAAAGUGGACGAUGUAUGUGAUGACGUUAAAAUGAACCUCAUCAGUGUCUGUAAAGCUCCAGAUCCACAUUGGCUCAAGUUGUGUAGUACCUGUGUGUUCCUUAGGGUCAGUGUAGACCCUUCCUCACUCCCCCUCCUCACCCCCUCCCUCCACCCCCACUGUCUUUUCCUGCUCAGUCUACCAUAAUGAUGCUUCUCAGCCGACCUCGUCAUGUGACUCAGUAUUGAGCCUUAACCGUCUCAUGUAACCACGUCUGAAGGAUGGACACAAUGCGCACACACACACCUCCCAACAGCUGAUCAUGAUUCAAUUAAAAAAAAAGAAAAAAGAAAUCCCUUUUGCUUGCUCUUUGAAAUUUGGCUGCUGCUGCAAGUGGUCAAUUCGCCACCACACUGCUUACUGUACUCUGAUCCCAUGGCUUAGUGAUGAAUGAUCUUGACGGUUGUGCUAACGCAUUGGUCUUUGCUUUUUUUUUCUUUUUUUUUCUCACUCUGUUGAUGAGUACUGAAUAAUGAGCAAACAAGGGAGUCACACUGCUUCUUAAUAAAAGCUUUAGCUCACUAAAUUAACCUUAACUAAUAAAAAACAAAAAUGCAGGUGAGUGAACCGAUUCUAAAAACAUCAAAUCUCUGGUGUGUUAUCCAGACGUGUCAAAAAACAUACAUAACUUCUAAUGUAGAUAAUCAACCAUAAUCAUUAUUGGAGACUUUUCCUGCAACUCUUGUCUCAACGUCCCUUUUAUGGCUUAUAAUGUAUCCCUCUCCCUUAAUUAUGACGCUCCGUCUCUGUUUGACUGUCCUAUUCCACUGUUAUAUUGACUCAGAUGCAGAUGUGUUUGCCUUUUUUGUGAGUUGUUUGUUUUCCUUGUUUCUCCCCUUCUGUCUGCUUUGUUUCUGUCUAUGAAGGCUGUUCGUUUGAUGGGGUGGGCCACGUAGUCGGACAUAACAAUACAAUACACAGUACACAUACUGAUUACAUUUCAUAAACAUCUUGUUAGAGUUUUGUUCAAAUUAGUGAAAUACUGUGUUUAUUAGUCCGUAUUGUAUAAAUUUUACUUCAUACUGAUCAUUGCUAAGAGUGCUAACGAAUAAGGUAUAGUAUGCAUGUGUUCAAUCAUCCACAUUCACAGACCACAAAAAGCACUCGUGAUUUUGUCUCUCAGUUUUGCUCACUGUGUUAAGUUAAUGCACAUUGAGAGUAACUUCCCUACUUACUCCUAAUUUAUUCAUUUACCUAUAAUUGCACAUGCACCUGGCAUUAGGUGACUCUGAAGUUAUGUGUUCUUAUUGGACUGUCAAUUCAUAAAAGAUUACAUAAUAGUUACAAUAGGAUAAUGUACUUGGCUAGAAGUGCACAUAAUCAACACAUUGACGCCGUUGUCUAGCUUCUCAUGUGGCUGAAAUUUAAUUCACUUGUUCUAUUUGUUGUCUAUGCUUGUUGUCUCACUACACUUCAAAUAUGACACGAUUUCCGACUACAGCAUGUGCGGCAUCCCCUAUCUAUCAGUCAUGGCGUCCUUGCCUGAUGACCUCUGUGCCAUGACUACCAAUAUUUCAAAUUUGAAUCUCCCUUUCCUAUUACAAAUUUGGUGUUUCUUUUUCCUACGAAUGAAUGAUUGGGUGUUUGCAGACUCGCAGUUUGUCAGUAACUAUAACAGGCUUCUUGGGGCCCGGCUCCUGCCCUCUUUCCCACUCUAGCCGCCAAAACUCUUCAGAUCUUCAACAUUGAGAUGAAGAGCAAGAUGAAGGCACACACCAUGACGGACGAUGUUACCUUCUGGAAGUGGAUCUCCCUCAACACAGUUGCCCUUGUGACUGACAAUGCCGUCUACCACUGGAGCAUGGAGGGUGACUCUCAGCCCGUGAAAGUCUUCGACCGCCACUCCAGCCUGGCAGGCUGCCAGAUUAUCAACUACCGCACUGACGCCAAGCAGAAAUGGCUCCUGCUCAUCGGUAUCUCAGCCCAGCAAAAUCGGGUGGUGGGAGCCAUGCAGCUGUACUCUGUUGACAGAAAGGUUUCUCAGCCCAUCGAAGGCCAUGCCGCCAGCUUUGCCCAGUUCAAGAUGGAGGGAAACACAGAGGAAUCGACUCUGUUCUGCUUUGCUGUCAGAGGCCAGGCUGGAGGAAAGUUGCACAUCAUUGAAGUGGGGACCCCACCAACUGGCAACCAGCCAUUUCCAAAGAAAGCAGUGGACGUUUUCUUCCCUCCAGAAGCUCAGAACGACUUCCCUGUGGCCAUGCAGAUAAGCUCCAAGCAGGAUGUGGUUUUCCUUAUUACCAAAUAUGGUUACAUCCACCUUUAUGACUUGGAGACAGGCACAUGCAUCUACAUGAACCGCAUCAGUGGAGAGACCAUCUUUGUCACCGCUCCACAUGAGGCCACCUCCGGCAUUAUCGGCGUCAACAGGAAGGGACAGGUGCUGUCAGUCUGUGUGGAAGAGGAGAACAUCAUCCCUUACAUCACUAACGUGCUGCAGAAUCCAGAUCUGGCUCUCCGUCUAGCUGUCCGCAACAACCUCGCUGGCGCAGAAGAGCUCUUUGCACGCAAGUUCAACAACCUGUUUGCGGCCGGCAACUACUCCGAGGCUGCCAAGGUGGCUGCCAAUGCACCAAAGGGUAUCCUGCGAACCCCAGAUACCAUCCGUCGCUUCCAGGGUGUUCCCACUCAGCCAGGCCAGACCUCCCCCCUGCUGCAGUACUUUGGCAUCCUGUUGGACCAAGGCCAGCUCAACAAGUUUGAAUCCCUGGAGCUCUGCAGGCCCGUCCUCCAGCAGGGACGAAAGCAGCUUUUGGAGAAGUGGCUGAAGGAAGACAAGUUGGAGUGCUCUGAAGAACUGGGCGACCUGGUGAAGGCAGUGGAUCCCACCUUGGCCCUCAGUGUCUACCUGAGAGCCAACGUCCCCAACAAGGUCAUCCAGUGCUUUGCAGAGACUGGACAGUUCCCCAAGAUUGUCCUGUACGCUAAGAAGGUGGGCUACACUCCAGACUGGAUCUUCCUGCUGAGGAAUGUGAUGCGGAUCAACCCAGAACAAGGCCUGCAGUUUGCCCAGAUGCUGGUCCAAGAUGAAGAGCCACUGGCUGACAUUACACAGAUUGUGGAUGUGUUCAUGGAAUACAACCUGAUCCAGCAGUGCACUUCAUUCCUCCUGGACGCUCUGAAGAACAACAGACCAUCAGAGGGACCACUGCAGACUCGCCUACUGGAGAUGAACCUCAUGCAUGCUCCACAGGUUGCUGACGCUAUCCUGGGCAACCAGAUGUUCACCAACUACGACCGCGCCCACAUCGCCCAACUGUGUGAGAAGGCUGGACUCCUGCAGAGGGCUCUGGAGCACUACACUGACCUGUAUGACAUCAAGCGCGCUGUGGUGCACACACACCUCCUCAACCCAGAGUGGCUGGUGAACUUCUUUGGCUCGUUGUCCGUGGAGGACUCACUGGAGUGCCUCAGGGCCAUGCUGUCGGCCAACAUCCGCCAGAACCUGCAGAUCUGUGUCCAGGUGGCCUCCAAGUACCACGAGCAGCUAACCACACAGUCUCUCACUGAGCUCUUUGAGUCAUUCAAGAGCUUUGAAGGUCUGUUCUACUUCCUGGGCUCUAUCGUGAACUUCAGUCAGGACCCUGAAGUUCACUUCAAAUACAUCCAGGCAGCCUGCAAGACGGGCCAGAUCAAAGAGGUGGAGAGGAUCUGUAGAGAGAGCAACUGCUACGACCCUGAGCGCGUCAAGAACUUCCUCAAGGAAGCCAAACUCACCGACCAGCUGCCACUCAUCAUCGUCUGCGACCGCUUCGACUUCGUCCACGACCUGGUGCUCUACCUGUACCGCAACAACCUGCAGAAGUACAUUGAGAUCUAUGUUCAGAAGGUGAAUCCUAGCCGUCUGCCCGUGGUGGUUGGAGGUCUCUUGGACGUGGACUGCUCAGAGGAUGUCAUCAAGAGCCUGAUCCUGGUCGUCAGGGGACAGUUCUCCACUGAUGAACUGGUCGCUGAGGUGGAAAAGAGGAACAGACUGAAGCUCCUGCUGCCCUGGCUGGAGUCUCGUAUCCAUGAAGGCUGUGAGGAGCCCGCCACCCACAAUGCCCUGGCCAAGAUCUACAUCGACAGCAACAACAACCCCGAACGCUUCCUGAGGGAAAAUCCCUUCUACGACAGCCGCGUGGUGGGAAAGUACUGCGAGAAGAGAGACCCACACCUGGCCUGUGUGGCCUACGAGAGAGGACAGUGUGACCAGGAGCUGAUUAAUGUCUGCAAUGAGAACUCCCUUUUCAAGAGCUUGUCUCGCUACCUGGUCCGUCGCAAAGAUCCCGAGCUGUGGGCCAGUGUGCUGCUGGAGAGCAACCCCUUCAGACGUCCACUCAUUGACCAGGUGGUGCAGACAGCGCUGUCAGAAACCCAGGACCCAGAGGAGGUAUCAGUCACUGUCAAGGCCUUCAUGACCGCCGACCUGCCCAACGAGCUCAUCGAGCUGCUGGAGAAGAUUGUGUUGGACAACUCCGUCUUCAGUGAACACAGAAAUCUGCAGAACCUGCUGAUCCUGACAGCAAUCAAAGCCGACCGCACUCGCGUGAUGGAAUACAUCAACAGACUUGACAACUACGACGCCCCCGACAUCGCAAACAUCGCCAUCAGCAACGAGCUCUUCGAGGAGGCCUUCGCCAUCUUUAAGAAGUUUGACGUCAACACCUCCGCAGUGCAGGUGCUGAUCGAGCAUAUUGGCAACCUGGACCGGGCUUACGAGUUUGCAGAGCGCUGCAAUGAGCCGGCUGUGUGGAGCCAGCUGGCAAAGGCUCAGUUACAGAAGGAGCUGGUCAAGGAGGCCAUCGACUCCUACAUCAAAGCUGACGACCCCUCUGCAUACAUGGAGGUGGUACAGGCUGCUGAUAAGAGCGGAAACUGGGAGGACUUGGUCAAAUUCCUUCAGAUGGCUCGUAAGAAGGCCCGCGAGUCCUAUGUGGAGACAGAGCUGAUCUUUGCUUUGGCCAAAACCAACCGCCUGGCUGAACUGGAGGAGUUCAUCAACGGACCCAACAAUGCUCACAUCCAGCAGGUUGGUGACCGCUGCUACGAUGAGAAAAUGUACGACGCUGCUAAGCUGCUGUACAACAACGUCUCCAACUUCGGUCGUCUGGCUUCGACCCUCGUGCACCUCGGGGAGUACCAGGCCGCUGUGGACGGCGCCCGCAAGGCCAACAGCACCCGCACCUGGAAGGAGGUGUGCUUCGCCUGCGUGGACGGAAAGGAAUUCAGACUGGCCCAGAUGUGCGGCCUCCACAUCGUCGUGCACGCUGACGAGCUGGAAGAGCUCAUCAACUACUACCAGGACCGCGGUUACUUUGAGGAGCUGAUCACCAUGCUGGAGGCGGCACUGGGCCUGGAGCGCGCUCACAUGGGAAUGUUCACCGAGCUGGCCAUCCUCUACUCCAAGUUCAAGCCCCAGAAGAUGAGGGAGCAUCUGGAGCUCUUCUGGUCCAGAGUCAACAUCCCGAAGGUCCUGAGAGCAGCGGAGCAGGCUCACCUGUGGGCCGAGCUGGUGUUCCUGUACGACAAGUACGAGGAGUUCGACAACGCUAUCAUCACCAUGAUGAACCACCCAACAGACGCCUGGAAGGAGGGACAGUUCAAAGACAUCAUCACCAAGGUGGCUAACGUGGAACUGUACUACAAAGCCGUCCAGUUCUAUUUGGAGUUCAAGCCCUUGUUACUGAAUGAUCUGCUCAUAGUGCUCUCACCCAGACUGGACCACUCCCGUGCUGUCAACUUCUUCAGCAAGGUGAAACAGCUGCCACUGAUCAAGCCCUACCUGCGCUCAGUACAGAACCACAACAACAAAUCAGUCAAUGAAGCACUUAACAACCUCUUCAUCACAGAGGAGGAUUAUCAGGCACUGAGGACAUCAAUAGAUGCCUACGACAACUUCGACAACAUCUCACUGGCCCAGCGUCUGGAGAAACACGAGCUGAUCGAGUUUAGGAGAAUUGCUGCCUACCUCUUCAAAGGCAACAACCGCUGGAAACAGAGCGUGGAGCUGUGCAAGAAGGACAAGCUCUACAAGGAUGCCAUGCAGUACGCGUCAGAGUCCAAGGACACAGAGCUAGCAGAGGAGCUGCUGUCCUGGUUCCUAGAGGAGGACAAGAAGGAGUGUUUUGCUGCCUGCUUGUUCACCUGCUACGACCUGCUGCGGCCCGACGUGGUGCUCGAGACCACCUGGAGGCACAACAUCAUGGACUUUUCUAUGCCAUAUUUCAUUCAGGUCAUGAGGGAGUACCUCAGCAAGGUAGAUAAACUUGAAACCUCAGAGUCCGUACGGAAAGAAGAGGAGCAGGCAACAGAGACGCAACCCAUCGUCUACGGCACACCCCAGCUGAUGCUGACAGCAGGCCCCAGCGUACCUGUGCCCCCUCAGCAACCAUACGGCUACGGCUACCAGCAGGCGCCUGCAGGAUACCCUCAGGCGCCAGCAGCUCAGCCAGGCUUCGGCUACGGCAUGUAAAGACCCCCUCUCCCCCCCCGGAACCCUUCUCUCCACAUGCAGGCUGGAGCUACCAUCCAUCCAUCUCCCACAGUCCUUCACCAGACCAUUAUUGUCUCACCCUGCCUUUCACAAGGAGUGUGAGAUAAUACAGAGAAACCCCCAUCCCCUUUUUUUUCUUUUUUUUUCUUUUUUUAAACUUUUUCUUCCCUUUUAAAACUGUCAUGAAGGACUCAGUUUUAUUUCAGUUUUCAAAGAAAAAAAGAAUGAAUCACAAAGAUUAAUUUUCUCACAUUCCGUAUUUACUAGAUUAAUUUCUUUUUGUCUAUUUUAUUUGAAUAGGAAAAGGUUUAUGUACAAUGGGAGGGUGGGCUUAUGAGAAGAGCUAGUCCUCUUCUCUGUUUAAAAAAAAAAAGAAAAAAAAAAGGUCUGUUGUGAAGCAUCUGAUUUGCACUCUGUAGUGAGAAGAAAUUAAUGUAGAACCUCUUCCUUUUGAUGUGUGUGAGCAGCUUCUUCUGUCUGACUGUAAAAUGCAUUUAAUUAUUGUAUAUUCAGACACAAAAAAAACAAACGCUUCUAUGUUCCUCUAUAUUUGAACAUGAGACCGCCGCUUUCCAUGACCACAAUCCUGAAACACUACGUCGCACAUACGUGUCCCCACAAACACACAGACACACAGACACACACACACACACAAACACACACACACACACACACACACACACACACACACACACACACACACACACACACACACACACACACACUCUUCAGGGCUGAUUCUUGAAGGAAACAGAGUAUUUUACAUACGAUUCUCAGGAAAGUUUGACACUUUCCUGAAAAGCCUAUGCAGGACUCUCCCAACUAAUUUGCAGACGUCAUUUUCCAUACGCUUGAAAUACUACUUUAACGCGGGACCAUUCCACUUCAGGAGGGACUUGCAUACCUGUUUGUGUUUGACUAACAUGCCCCAUGCCACCCCCCUCCUCUGUAUGCUGCGGUUUGUUUCAUGCAGAAUAUCAUUUGAGGUCACUGUUCCCGAGUGUGCAGGAGAGAUAUAUUUCAAAGUGAACUCUCCUGACCUCCUGCUGAGGGAGUUUCCCUUAAAACCUCUCGCAGUCGACCCGCUAGUUCAAUUGAGAACCGUCAUCACAGGACUUGUGGUAAAUUUGAAGUUUUAAAGGCUUGCGUGUAUACAGGAAAAUCAAUCAUUAACUCCUUUUGAACUUAUAUUCGUAUCUAAAAUUACCUUAGAUUUAAAUUGUGCACUUAAGAUACUUGAUUGUGCAUAAUCAGGAUCAUAAUGAAUGAAACAGCGGUUUUGUUUUCCACUUAAAAAAAAUAAAAAAUAAAAUAAAGGCUUCUUGUUUGUCAAGAACAGUCUGGUUGUGUCUUGCAUGUGCUGUUUGGUGCAGGAUGUGAACACAGUGGAGGUAUAGGUCACAUUAGUCUGCCGUCCAAUGAAGUGAAAAAGCCAUUCACUCGGCUCCACAAAGAGGGGAAGUGAUGUCAUGGGUAUGAUAUGUGUGACAAAUAAAUACUGAGCAGAGCGAUCAUGGACUGUUAAGUGUAUGAAAGAGUCUGAUAGUGUAAGAUUGUAAAGAAAAAAAAUGUGAUGACACUGCUAAAAAUAAUCAGUUUUCAAACAUGCUGCAUCAGUGUUUCUGUUACUUGAAGGGUAGAAGUCAACUCUGACCUGCAAGUUCACCGCAGCUGACCAGGAGAUCACAUCGAAACAGGAAACUCAAGUUUGAAUUUGAUUGGUUUAACUGAAUGAAUGUGUGAAUGCCUACAAAGACUAAUAAUAAUAAAAUCCUGUACAGUGUA